CGAGGUGAGCAGCAGCUACAUAGUUGGCUCCAUUCCAGCGGCCAUCACCAACCUCGAGAGCCUCGAAUGGCUCUCCAUCACCGACAGCGGUCUGAAUGGGUCUCUGCCUGCUGAUCUCUUCACCAUGCCCAGUCUAACAGACCUUAUUCUCUCAGGCAACCAACUCACGGGCAGCAUACCAGACACUGUGGGAAAUGCAGUGGGCCUCCAAACUCUAAAUUUGGCGAGGAACAAUUUCUCAGGUUCCAUCCCAGCCUUCCUCCGCAGAAACCUCAGACUGAAGGCCCUUGUGCUUGAGUACAACCAGUUCACAGAGUCGAUACCAGAUUCCCUUGGGGACCUCACCAACCUCCAAGCGUUGGCCUUGAUAGGGAAUUUGUUGACUGGACCAAUUCCACCAGCGCUGGGAAACUGCACUUCUUUGACUUUCCUUAACGUGGGCCAGAACAAUCUCUCGGGGACCAUCCCUGGCAGCCUUGGCAACCUUCAACGCCUGCGGCUCUUGUCCUUGCCAGAGAACACACUCAGUGGAUCGCUGCCUAACGAGCUGUCACGGCUGCAGCAGCUGAGCCACUUGGACGUGUUCAGAAAUGCCCUGAGUGGGGAGCUGCCUGCAUGGGUUGACAACAUGAAGAGCCUGACAUUGCUAUCCCUGACUUUCAACAUGUUCAGCGGCUCCCUUCCGGACACAUUGGGCAACCUGAAAAUGUUGUCGCACCUGUGGCUUGAUAUCAACAGGUUUUCAGGAAGCAUCCCCGAAUCGAUUGGAGACCUCACAGGACUCUCCACAUUGACCCUUGAUCGCAACAUUCUGUUUGGCACCAUCCCUGCAUCCCUGGCCAACCUCCAGCAACUCAUUAUCAUGUCAAUGCCGUAUAACCUCCUCGUCGGAACGAUACCUGCAGCCUUCAGCACUCUCACUCGACUCCACCAGCUCUACCUGCAGUCGAACCAGCUGGUGGGGCAGCUGCCGUCCAUGAAGCUGAUGCCACGGCUGGAGAUCGUGGAUGCAAGCAACAACUUCCUCACGGGCGCAGCAGGCCCUCCCCCACCAUGCCCUCCGUACCAGCUGCUGCUGCAAGCCAACUGCUUUGCCCGCAACCUCACCAUCUGUGGGCAGCAGCAAACGCAGGAUCUCACUGAUUGUUAUUACUUCUGUGAGACCGUUGACCCCUUAGACCCUCUGUGCAGUGGCCACGGCGUGUGCUACAUACCGCCUUUCAGCACUCCCGAGUGUUCUUGCGACUACGGUUACACACAGGGAGCUGCCAAUUACACAUGUGUCCCAGAAGGGCCGUACAUCCCUUCCCUCCUCACUUCCUACAAAAACCCAAUGACUGUCUUCCAGUCGGCCUCCUCUACUCCCAACGGCUCCAUCUUUCUCUCCUUAGCACCAUCCACUGCAUCAUGGGGAGCAGCCUUCACACAGCAGCCUAUCCUUCUCUUCCUCCCCACCACCCGCGCAACACCCUGCAUCAUGCCCAUAUCCUUCUCUGUCUAUUUCUCCUUCCGAAUGACCCGUACUGCAAGGGAUGCUGGUGCAGACAGCAGCAGCAGCAGCAGCAGCAGCAGCAGCCCAGGGGGAGAGGGGCUGGCGUUCGUGGUGAGUGCAGCGGCACCACAGGGGACAGGAGCCAGUGUGGGGCUGGGAGGGGUGGGGAAGCGGAGUGUGGCGGUGGAGUUUGACUCAGUGCUGAGUGUGAAGCACAGCGACCCCAACGACAACCACGUGGGCGUCAAUGUGGGGGGCUCACCUGUGUCCCUCGCCUCUGCCACGGCCCCUCUCAUCCUCAACGACGCCCACACCAAGCACGCCUGGAUCCACUACGACCCCACCAGCGGCGGCACUCUCCGAGUCUUCCUCUCAGCCUCCAGGAGGAAGCCGUCCAAGGCUGUGGUGACAGCAAGAGUGUCCCUGUGCAGCGUGCUCAAGCUCACCAUGGGGGAUUCCUCCUUCCUCUUUGGCUUUGUGGCCACCUCUGCGAACAACACUCAGAGGCAUGACAUCCACUCCUGGAAGAUUGUCACUGGUAUACUCCUUUCUGUGGACUGGCAGAACAAGCCUCCUGGCAGUAAAUUUGGUCUUGUGGCAUCGGCAGAGGAGGUGGCAGUUGGCAGUGAGGGCGAGAGUGUGCCCUCCUCCUUCCACUAUGCCAGCCUUGCCUUCCUCCCCAAUGCGGAUGGGCUGCCUUCCUGGAACCUUCCCUCGUUCGUGUCGUGGAUGCGGGACGAGUCUUCAUGGCCUGUUAAGAACCAGCAUGGAUGUGCUGACUCCUCGGCGUACGCAGUGGUGGCAGCGGUGGAGGCAGCCUACAGCAUCGCAGCCAACUGGUCGCAGCCCCCCACGCUGUCGGUGGACCAGCUUCGCCUCGCCCUCUCCUCCAACUGUGAAGACGUUCCCCCUCGGGAUGUGCUCGCCUUCCUGGUGGCUGCCACGCGCAAGGGAGGGGGGCUUGUGGAUGACGCAGCAGCAGCGCAAGCGAUUCAGCACAGCAUGGUGUCUGCGGGCCGGCGGGAGAGGCUGCUGAAGCCCAAGCUAUAUGGGAUUCAGGGGUUUGAGGAGAGCUCGUUUGGUGGAUGGCUGGGACUGCUCCUGGCAGUGCAGCGGCAGCCCGUGGUCGUGAGAAUAGAGGCAUCCGCAGCAUCGUUCCUCGAGUACAAUGGGACAUAUAAAUAUGCAGACAGCGGCUGUUUCCAGGAAGGGGUGAACCACGCGGUGCUGCUGGUGGGCUUUGCUGUGGAGGGCAGUGCGUCCAGCCCCUUCAGCCUGCCUGCGCCUCUCUGGGUGAUCCGCAACUCAUGGGGCAGCGGGUGGGGACACGCAGGGCACAUGGUCAUGGACAUGCAGAGCGGUGCAGGCGUCUGCGGGAUCAACACACUGCCAGGCAUCUUCCCCAUCCUCAGAUCUGCUGCUGACCCGUGUGGCAGCAAAUCCAUGGUGUUAGAAGGGUCUCUGGGAGGGGCAGGGAGCAACGCAUUCAACCCGUGUGGGCAGUUCAAGUGCUCCAAGGCCGGAGCAUCCAACCGCUGUGCCUGUGCUGCUCCCCACUUCGUCCAGGCCUCCCACCAAGACGGCUCCAACACCUGCGCCUAUGUGGACGCCUGUGGGCUGGCAGGCAGCAACCCGUGUGUGGUGGGCACGUGUGUGAAUGAUGGCAAGGGCAGCUACUCGUGUGUGUGUCCUCCGGGGUUUGUUCAAGGCACCACCGCCAAGGGAACCCUCUCUUGUGCUCCUGGUGACAGCAAGGGCAGCUACACGGUGCGUGGCAGCAAUGUGUGGUGCUCUGACUUGAUCCCUGUUCUUGGCCUCACACUGGACCAACUGAAGCAGCAGAACAAGAAGUUCUCUUGUUCCAAGCCCUUCCCACUGGGCUCCAAGCUGAGUGCCAAGCUGCCUCAGUCACGUUCCACCUGCUCCCUCUUCUACACCACCCACCCUGGCGACAGCUGUGCAUCGAUUGCAGUGCUGUUCGGUCUGAGCGAGGGGUGCCCCGUGGAGGGCGAGCCAUGUGAGGAGGUGUUGGUGGGGCUCAACCCUGGGCUAGACUGUGCUGCACUCAAGGGAAGGCAUGCCGUGUGUGUGGAGCGGGAGGAGAGCAACACGGGGGUGGUGGCAGUGUGUGAGGAGCAGUAUGAGCUGCAGGGCAGUGGCAGCUGUGAUGCUGCACGAUUGGCUGUGGACCCUCCUUUGAGCCCCUUGGAGUUCUAUCGCCUCAACCCAGGCAUUAACUGUGACAACCGCCUGCCGAUCGUUUCAGUAGAGCGCUACUCGCAGCGCAAGGUGUGCAUUGGCAGCAGUGUAUGGUACAAGACUGGCACAUGUCCAGGGGGCACCUACAGUGUUGCAGCUGGAGACAGCUGUGCCAUGAUUGACGUGAAGGGGUUUGCCAGCAUCAAGGGCUGCUACAGGAAGAUGAAUGGCUUUGAGUGUCUGGAGAAGAUGCCCACUGGGACAAUUGUGUGCACCCCUACUUCCAAUGCCCGGGUGGGGAAUUGCUCAAUGUAG